GUCUCAGAUAUCAGACAGAUUCGUUUAGAAAAGCUGAGCAAUAAGCAGUACGCUACAACUCUUUUCCUUUACAGGCAACCUAUUCAGAAGAAAAGACGAAAUACUGAUCGAGAAGGCAGAAAACAUCAACAUGGCUUUUUUUGCAACCGGCAGUGCAUCAUCUUCACUCUUUGUGAAAGAUAUUGAUAAUAUGAUGCCUUUUUCUACGACAUCCCCAUGGAAUUUCGCAUCUACUAAUGAUACCUUUAAAAGAACAACGAGACCACUUGUAACUGGGACUUCUGUGUUAGGCAUUGCAUUUGAUGGUGGUGUAAUGAUUUGUGCUGAUACUUUAGGCUCUUAUGGAUCGUUAGCACGUUUCACUAAUUGCCAGAGGGUUUUAAAAGUUAAUGAUCAAAUAAUUCUUGGAGCUGGUGGUGACUUUGCCGAUUUCCAGUUUGUAGCUUCAACGAUCGAACGACAAGUAAUAGAAGAAGAAUGUUUGAAUGAUGGUUUCAACCUAAAGCCUAAGUCAUUGCAUUGCUGGUUAACACGAACUUUAUAUAAUAGAAGGUCGAAAUUUGAUCCUCUAUGGAAUGAUUUUGUUGUUGGUGGUAUGCAAGAUGGAAAACCUUUCUUAGGAUUUGUAGAUAAAAUUGGAACAUCUUUUGAAAGCCCAACAAUUGCAACUGGGUAUGGAGCUUACCUGGCUCAGCCUAUUCUUAGAGAUGCAAUUGAAAAGAAACCUGACGUAUGUGAAAGUGAAGCCCGGGAUCUACUGAAACAUUGUGUGCGUAUCUUGUAUUAUAGGGAUGCAAGAUCCUUCCCUAAGUACACUUUGGGCCUAGUGACUAAAGAAGGUGUAAGAAUCGAUAGUCCACUGGAGAUUGAUUCUGACUGGACUGUAGGAAAACAUAUUGUCUGCAGUUAAAUUUCUACCCAGUAUCUAAUAUUUUUGGACUUUUUUUCACCGUGUUCUAUUUAAUAUAUAUUUACAUUUUCAAUAAACUUUGAAAAAUA